AUGGAGCACUGGAAUUCCACUCUAGAAAGUGGUUUCAUAUUGAUGGGGAUUCUGAAUGACAGUGGGUCUCCCAAACUGCUGUGUGCUACAAUCACAGUCUUGUACAUGUUGGCCCUGACCAGCAACAUCCUGCUGCUCCUGGUCAUCACAAUGGAUGCCCGGCUCCAUGUGCCCAUGUACCUCCUGCUCGGGCAGCUCUCACUCAUGGACCUCCUCUUCACGUCUGUUGUCACUCCCAAGGCCAUCGUGGAUUUUCUGCGCUGUGAAAAUACUAUCUCCUUUGGAGGCUGUGCCCUUCAGCUGUUUCUGGCACUGAUGCUUGGUAGUGCAGAGGACCUCCUACUGGCCUUCAUGGCCUAUGACAGGUAUGUGGCCAUUUGCUAUCCUCUGAACUACAUGGUCCUCAUGAGGCCCAGGGUCUGCUGGCUGAUGGUCACCACAUCCUGGAUCCUGGCAUUCCUGUGUGCUCUAGGACAUACCAUGUACACUAUGCACUUCCCUUUCUGCAAAUCCCGGAAGAUCAGUCACCUGCUGUGUGAGAUCCCACCUCUGCUGAAGUUGGCCUGUGCAGAUGCCUCUAGAUAUGAGCUCAUGGUGUAUGUGACAGGUGUGACUUUCCUCUUGCUCCCUCUUUCUGUCAUUGUUGCCUCUUAUUCACUAAUCCUACUUACUGUGCUCCACAUUCCCUCAAAUGAGGGGUGGCAGAAAGCCCUCGUCACCUGCUCUUCCCACCUGACUGUGGUUGGGAUGUUCUAUGGAGCUGCCACAUUCAUGUAUGUCCUGCCCAGUUCCCUCCACAGCCCCAAGCAGGACAACAUCAUCUCUGUUUUCUACACGAUUGUAACCCCAGCCCUGAAUCCCCUCAUCUACAGCCUCAGGAAUAAGGAGGUCAUGGGGGCCUUGAUAAGGGUCUUGGGGAAAUACAUGCUACUGACACACUCCUGACAAAUUACCAAGUAGACAUGGUAGGGGUCUAAGAUUCAAUUUUAAUAUCAUGCAGCAGUGAGAAACAGUAAUACUUUUAGGAUGACCAAACUCCAAUAGGCUCUAAA